GUGCCACAAGCGAAUCCGACGCGUAAACCGAACGUACCUUCUACAUAAUAUUAAAUCUGCGAGCGGAUAAUCUUUUGAUACUAGAGCAAGCUAAUAAUUGCUUUGUGAAAAUUUAGUAACAAUGGAGACGAUUGAAUUGCUGGCUCCGUUAAACAGUUGCGGAAGAGGGUAAACAUCACAGUGUAUUUUCAAACGAUAUAAUCAAGCUGCGGAAUCACUGAAACUUCUCAAACAAGAUCAUCGGUUGUCAUGUGGAUAUUAUCACGAAUCAAAUUUUAAAAGCGGGAAUAUUCUCCCUGUUUCAUGAAAAGUACGGUAAUGGAGCAUGUUCCGUUAUGUUGAGGCGAAUAUGCCAUGGCCCGUAUAUCUACAACUGUCUCGUCAAUUCGAGUCUUAAAUAUUGUCAGCUGUCAAUGAAGAAGGUCUUACGCUAGUGGCUCACCCCCUCUUGUUUACCUAAUGGGGUUAAAUUCGUCGAUUUAUAAAAACACUUACAGCAUGAUCAGGAGCGAUCUGUUGUGCUCGGAUUCGGUAACUCGGUCGCUUGUGGGGUCGGCCAGGAGUCCGACUUCGCUUCGUCUUAAUUCACUAUUGAGUUGAGAACGAAGCGCUAAGUCACGCGGUAUUAAACUUUAAUUAUUUUCAACCCUUUUCGUUUGACUGCCUUUGUCCAGGGGGGUUGGUGUCGCGUUGAUACAAAAGUACUGACGCACAAUGGGCCUAUAGAACAAAAAGCUAUUGUUGGGCGAGUCUCAUAAGUAUUGGAGUCCUAACGGCAGGUUCACGCAGUUUACUACUUCUGCAGUGUUAAAACGUCUCGAAUAGCCCGAUAUCCACCAAGCCGAUAUGUCGAGCGACAAUGGUGAAGGGAGUUUGAGUUCACUGGAAAAACGCUCAACAACAUUGUCUAGUAUCUCUGUCCUCAACAAAAACAGAGACGAAUCAAAAAAGUCGAAGCACGGCGAUUCAAAAGCCGGCAACCAUGACGACUCCACGGAAACUUCAGAUGGUUCUCGCUGGCAGCAUAUGCUCCUUGGUUUCACGCGACGUGAUAUCCCCGUUCUCAUAUUCGUGGUUUUAUUGACACUGAGUACUGGCGUUUUAGAACCUCUUAUGACGUGGGCUUCUGGACGCUUGUUUGAUGGUUUCUCGAAAUACGCCCGCGGUGACUAUUCCACACGCGACUUGAACAAAAAUGUAAAUACAAACGUUGGACUGGUAGCUAUUUUUGGAUUGAUUUCCUUGUUCCUUGAUAUGAUUGUCCGCUUCUGUUGGCGAAUCGUUGGUGACAUGGUUGCCCGAAGAACCAGAUUGCUAAUAUUCGGGAAGCUGGCAGAAAAACGAGCCUCGUUUUAUUUGCUGAACGAUAAUACAAUCGGACUGAUCAAUUCGAUGGAUAGAAAUGUCCUUGCAUAUCAAAGAUCAGUGAGUCUUUCAAUGAACGCCCUCUUGGAAAACCUCGCUAUUGUUGUUGCGUCUUUGGUGAUUGCAUUCCAUUACAGCUGGUCUCUGACACUGGUGGUUAUCGCUAUUUUCCCUGUUCUGGCUAUUUUUGUCGGAAUAAUAAACAGCUUACUAUUCUCAUCUAUGGAGAAAGAAAGGGUUACAUCGGAGAAUUGUGCUUCACUCCUUGAACGAGCUGUUGCUGCCAUUCGGACUGUGCGUUUUCAUUCAAUGAAAACAUUCGAGCACAAUGAAUUCAUUCAUGUCAUGCAUGCAUGUAGCAAGGCGUUCCUGAGGUUUUCGUUCUUCACGUCCAUUCAGGCCGGCGUCACUGCAUUUCUUUUGAUGGCUGUUUUCUUCCAAGGCUUAUGGUACGGCAACCACUUGGUUGUUGUCGGAAAACUGACACCUGGAAAAGUCGUGACUGUAUUUUGGACUUGCGUGAGCGCGAUGGCUUCUCUAAAUCAAAUUGUCCCGAUUGUGCCUGACUUCGUGCGUGGAAAGUAUAGUGCAUUCACCAUUAUUGAGUCCUACAGUAAGCCUGCCAAAGGUGAGUAUGUCCAACAGAUUUCGGGUGAUUACGCUCCGGUUUACUGUGAUGGCUCCAUACAAUUUCAGAAUGUGAGUUUUCGGUAUCCGACAUCUGAAACGGCGGAAAACCGCUAUGUGUUGGUUAAUGUUUCCAUGGAAGUUUAUCCAGGAGGUUUGACCUUCAUUGUUGGUAGCAGUGGUUCUGGCAAGAGUACCAUUGCAACACUGUUGAUGGGGUUCUUUCCGCCAACCUGCGGUGAUAUUUUCAUUGAUAAUCAUUCCCUAAAAACUUUGGAGGAGGACUGGCUGUCUGAAAAUGUAACGUUUGUGCAGCAAAGCCCAGUUGUCUUCAGUAUGAGUAUUCGAGAGAAUAUUUUAUUGGGAAUCCAAGACGCCCCAGUUGACGCGUUUGAGAAGGCUUGCAGACUUGCACUCGUUGAUGAGUUUGUCAACAAUUUACCAAACGGUUAUGAUACUUUGUGUACGUCGGAUACUUUAAGUGGUGGUCAACGUCAAAGAAUUAGUCUUGCAAGGGCAUUGCUUCGUGAUACCCCUAUUUUGGUACUCGAUGAAGCAACCAGUGCACUGGACCCGAUUUCUAAAAGUCUUAUCAACGCUGCUAUUCGGGAAAAUAGACAAGGAAAAACGACGCUUAUCAUUACUCACGAUUUCGAGGAGAUUUCUGCCGAGGAUUACGUUUAUGUAAUGAAUGAAGGGCAUGUAAUACACAGGGGUCUUAAAUCAGAGCUGAGUAUUCUGGAUGACUUUGGUAAUCCUCUUGCUAUGACAGAAUGUUACAAUCAGCCUAGCACUUCUGAGGAACUUUCUUAUUAUGAUACCAACGAAUUCCAGAGAAGUGAAUCAGAAUUUGAGACUUGUUACGUUGGAUCUUCUUUCGCAUCUUUCUUUACGGCUUUGAAUAAUGAGGAAGUUCGUGAGUUUAUUGAAAGCAAUCUUUCUCUGGCUUCAAUACGCAGAAUAGAUAGUUCUGUCCACAAACGACGUGCAUCUUCCAAGCAUCGGAGAACUAUAUCGAUACCCCCACUGCUAACUGAAAACGUAAUGGAUGAAAAUGUGGAUACUACUAUGGGUAUGGAGAAAACUCACACGUUCAUGCAAAUAUUCAAGAGCGUGUACGAAGUUAAGACUGCUCGCAUAUUCGUUGGCUUGGGUCUGAUUCUUGCGCUCAUUGAAGGUGCUACUACACCGGUCUUUUCUUUCAUCAUUUCUAAGGUUUUAAACACAUUUAUGCAGACUGAUAUGGGCAAACAUGCAGCUUUUUGGUCCUCUAUGGUUCUUGUUGUUGCGUUUGUUUGCGGUAUUGCCAAGGGCUUUUGUGAAUAUGUCCUCUGCUUUGCUUCUCAGCAAUGGACCGAUUUUCACCGUUCGAGAGCUGUCAGAUGUAUUUUGGCACAAGAUCAGACUUGGUUUGACAAUCCGAGAAAUACGCCAUUGCUUUGCUCCAAGACAGUCGUUAACUAUGUGACGAACAUGAGACUGAUCUUAACAUCUUUACUCUCACAGUUGGCAGUUGCUUUUUGCAUGACAUUCAUUGGUCUUCUCUGGGCAUUCAUUAUUGGUUGGCGACUUUCUAUUGUGGUCUUGGCUUUGGUCCCUGUAAUGCUCAUAUCUUCAAAUGUGUUUUCAAUUGUGUAUGUGAAAUUAGAACAAAAAUGUCAAACAGCCACAAUCGCUGCUACAGAAGCUUUGCACGAGACGAUUGUUAAUCUAAAUGCCAUCAAGGGAUUGGGUGUUCUUCCUUAUUUUAGAGACAAGCAUCUUGCCGCGGUCUUGACUAAUUGGAAGGCUGGUGUGAAGCGGAGCAUCUUUACGAGUAUUGGAUUUGCUUUUGUUCAAAGUCUCAGCUACUUCAUGCGAGCUCUUUUGUUUUGGUAUUCUGCAAAACUUAUUAUGAAGAAUGAGUAUACUGUACAGCAGAUGGUAACAGUUUUAGCCUUGGCCGUCUUCUCGUUGUGUUCCGCAUCUAUGUGCAUUUCAUCGUUGCCGAAUAUUUCAGAAAGUCGUAUUUGUACGAGUCGUAUUUUAAGACUUGCUGAACUUAAACCCGGCCAACAAGAACUUUCAGGAAAGUUAACCUUUCCUUUUUGCGGAAAGGUGGAGUUCAAAAAUGUUACCUUCUCGUAUACCAAGUCCUCGCCUGAGGGUCCCGCACUUAAAAAUGUUUCAUUUUCAAUUAAGCCAAACGAGAAAUUAGUGAUUGCUGGUGUUUCCGGUUCCGGAAAAUCGACGAUCGCUGCUAUCUUGAUGAAGCUAUAUGCCUGUUCUGGCGUAUAUAUCGAUGAUCAUCCACUUUCAGAAAUAAGCACCGAAUGGUUGCGUAAAAAGAUUGCGAUUGUUGAACAAAAGCCUUUCCUGAUGGGUAAAACGAUUCUUGAAAGUCUUUCAUAUGGUUCAGCUCCUAGUUUGGAUGAAGUGAAGGAAGCUGUUCGAAAUGCGCACGUUGAGGACUUGAUUGAGUCUUUGCCAGACGGGUUCAACAGCUCAUUAAAAGAAAAUUCGGGUAAUUUAUCCGGUGGUCAAUUACAACGCCUUGCCAUUGCUCGUGCUCUCCUAAGAAAACCGCGGCUAUUAAUCCUGGAUGAGUGCACAUCUGCCCUUGAUCCACAUUCAGCGAUGCUGAUUGAAAAAACUAUAUCUGAACUUUCAGAUUGUACCGUCUUAAUUAUUACGCACCAUCCAUCCAUGAUGAGAAUUGGUGACAGGAUCAUUGUGAUGGAGAGGGGAUGUUGUGUUGAGACUGGAACCUUUGAAGAAUUAAUGAUCCCGAAUACCGUGUUUUGGAGCCUCGUGCACAGAGGCAUCUGGAGCGAUUAAUGCUCUAGCAUUUAUGUUGUUGUUUUGUUUGUAUAUGUUCUCCAUCGUUUGACAGUUUAACCCAUUGUACGACUACUAUGAUUAACCGCGUUUCUAUUCUUCCCUCUUCUAUAUUUAAUAUACUUCCUUUUUUUCUGUGUUUAUAGAAAGUUUUAAUAAUUAAAUGCAUUUUGU